AUGUUUGAAGAUGCUUGGGGGAACGAUGUGUCGCGGCGCUGUUCAUUGCCCACACUGAACUCGUUUACAUUCCGCUGUCAAGAUGAGAGACAAGAGGACACUCCAAUGCGACGUCUACCACCACUUCCUCCCGUCGAGCCUCUGCCUCCCGGUCCAUUCAACAACCCAUUCACACCUAGCACCCACGCCCAGAGCCCUGCAAGCACUCAAGAUACCUUUCCUGCCAGUUCCAAAAUAUCUACAUCAUCAUGGCUUGCAACCGAGCAGCAGCACACUAUUGUUUCACCCCCCUCACCCGUCAGCUCCGUUGAUUUCUCCCUCAAAGACACAUUCUCGACUCAGAAAGCAUUCGGCUGGCCCAAUGAUCUCUCCUAUACCGAGAUCAUGGCCCUCGUUCAACCACGCAACAUUAACCGAAAGCCCCCUCUACAACAGCUCUGUGGCCGCAAACGCAAGAACGAAACCAUGAUGUCGUCCGCAAGCGACCAAGAUGACCAGCGGGAAAAGCAUCGUAUCGCCGAGGGAAACCGACGCAAGAACCUUAGCCAACUUCAUCGGGAAUUGGACAAUCGUCUCCAUGAUUUCUUCCUUGAGCGCGCCGGAUGGAAUCCAGGAAAGAGUCUGCCUCAGUCCAAAGAACACAUUGUUCAGGGCGCCAUUUAUCUGAUUGAUUUCUUGCUUGCAAUAGUUGUGUAUUUGAUGGGCCAGGAGAAGAACAUACCGCCUCAGCUAUCAGAAAAUCUGCAAGGCCAACUACGAAGUAUGCAGCUGCAACAGCUUGUUUCGAGCUUGCAGUCCCAGAAUCAAGCUAUGCAGUACCAGAUGAGGGCUUUGAAGCAGGAAUACGAUGACCUUCUGGACAGGCACCGGGCCUUGGAGUUCAAACUCAAGUCUUAUGAUCAAGUUUUUCGAUCCCCAAAGCCAGAAGUCAUCACACCGCCACCCCUAGCUGCGAUACCACAAGAAACAUCUACACCUGUCACUGCGCCAUCUUCGUCACACCAACUAGUAAAGAAGACAUUACCCGGUCUACGAGUUCUGUGCAAUGAAAUUCCCGGCCUGAGUCCGGACUGCUCUUUCUCCUCCGAUGCUUCCAACGCCACGUUCUCGACCACCUCCAGCUUCAACCUUGACGUUGUCCCACGCACAGUCAUCUCGCCAAUGGCUACCAGGCCUUCGUCGCCCAUGUGUCUCACGCCUUUAUCAUCAUCGUUCUCACACUCAUCUUUACCAUCUUCUCGCCGCGAGUCGCUGAAUCAUCAGCUGUGA